AUAGCGGCGAGCAGACGAUACGGUACGUUUUAUGGUCGGACAGCGCAUAGAGAAAGUAACGGUUCAUCGGACGCGACCUUCCCACCCGGUGUCCGCAUGCCGACUGACAGAUGAGCACGGUUUAACCUCUGAUAAUAAGAGAAAACGGGACGAGUAUAGGUGGGGAGCGGGUGUGCGAGCGAGAGGUGCGAUGUGUCUUCUUCGGUGAUCGCGAGGUGCAAGAUGAGUGUACAGUCACACACGGGCCACAUCCGAGUGAGGCUCGGGGACGGCUUCAAAAACGAACCGCGCGAUUCGCGUUGCGCGUACGCACAGACGCGCGUUACUAUUUUGAAUUCGUAUUUCGUGCGAAAUAUCGCAAAAAAGACUUAAUUAAUUUAGAACAUUAUAUUUAAGAGUCCAAUUUAGUAUAGUGCGAGCGUCAGUGGUUAAUUUUAAGUGUUGCAGUGAAAACAUGGAUAAAACCACGUAAGAGUUAAGUGAAUAACAUUUAUAAAAUUCGUAUCCAAAAAUAAGGAGGUCGGGGCGCGGGAAAUUUCAAUCUGUCAAAAUGAACCAGCAAUGUAAAGUGUGCGGGGAGCCUGCUGCUGGUUUUCACUUCGGUGCGUUCACGUGCGAGGGAUGUAAGUCUUUCUUCGGGCGGACGUACAACAACUUAUCGUCGAUAUCGGAAUGCAAGAAUAAUGGUGAAUGCGUCAUCAACAAGAAAAAUAGGACCGCCUGCAAAGCUUGCCGGUUACGGAAAUGUUUGCUCGUAGGGAUGUCCAAAUCCGGCUCGAGAUACGGACGAAGAUCUAAUUGGUUUAAAAUCCACUGCCUUUUACAAGAACAGCAACAACAGCAUAUACAACAAAUGCAAACAAGUAAAUCGCCUCCUACAUUCAAUUCAAACAUUAAUCCUUCAUUCUUACCAACAAACCUGCUCCCAGCCGCCGCGUUAGCUGAAUAUUACAAGAGUUCAGAAAAGAUACCUUUUAGUGAAGAAGUAACCAGACAAAGCGUCUCACCGUCUGACUCCGGGGCUUCAUCAGCUGAUCCUGAAGAUGACAAUAGUUCACGAAGUACGAGUGGUUUAAGUAUUUUUAGACCAGCAUCAUCUCCAUGUAGUGAAAAAGAUGUACGAUUGCAGGCGCUUAGAAAUCAAAGUAAAGAAUUGCGGAGAAAAAAACCUUCCUUGCCACCUUCUCCUUUUAGUGCAGCUUCAGCUGCUCCUAAUUAUUCUUCUAGAGCUACGUCUUUUCUACCUUUACCGACCGCGAUACAAAACUUUAGGUCAAUGCCUCCAGGAGUCCCUGCAUGGCCGCGUAAUGGCGGCGAUCUCUUGCUCCACUCUCCAGCCGUAGCCGGCAUAGCUAUAGAACAAGAUCAGCCUAUAGAUUUAUCUAUUAAAUCCGCAGUACUCUUCAGAAGUCCUAAAAGAGACGAAGUAAGCGAUUCCGAACCAGAAUUAAGUAUUGAUUUAAACGACGAUAACGCUAAGGAAAUUAUGAAGAAUCCUCUUGAUUUAAGUCUCGUUCCGAAAAGGACAGAAGAAGUUCCGAUGACUGGAUGAGAGUAGAAUUUCUUUUGUUUUUAUCAGAAAGGGUUUGUCCCAAUAUUAUGUUUUGUAUUGAAAGUUAUUCCUAAUUAGGUAUACAUUAAAAAUGACUAUCGAAUUCUGCCAUACAGUAUUUAAGUGAUUUUCUACUCUUCUUGUUUACCUGAUCUUUCUACCAUUAUUUAGUUAGUUGCAUAAAAUUAUGCUUUCAAUGUAAUGAAAUAUUUUACUUUUAAGACAAAAAUUGUAUUAUAAAUCGAAGUGUUAUUGGUGUAAAUAUUUGAGAUAUGUACGAAGUGUUAUAUACUAUGUGCCAGUGUUAAUGCCAGUUUAUGUUAUGCCAGUGUUAGAUAUUACCAAUUAAUUUUAUAUAAUGGGAUGAAGGCCAGUCGAGUGAAGCUCAAAAUUAUUAAAUGUACAAAUAAAUUUAAGAUAAAUUGUAUAUUAUAUCUGAUUUGCGACAAGUUAUCUAAGUAUUUAUUUUAGUGUUUAGGCCAGUUUACUGAGUCAUUAUAAUUGAUUAAGCAGCAAUUAACAUAAUUCGUCAAUAUUUUAAUUAGUCGAUUUAUGUUUGGUUUUUUUUCUCGCAUGUUACAUAUCGUUAUUUGUUUCGUUUGUUGAAGAUAUUUGAUAAAUUUCUUUAAUAUGCCAUUUAAUGAUGUUAAUUUUUAGUUUUAUAUUUACUCUGUACUUAUUUGCUUAAAACUUUUCUAAACAUGAAUUGAAGCUUCAUUUGUAAUUAUAUUUAGUUACCAAAUGUGUAAUAAAAAAAAAGUAAUUAGCAAAUUAAAAAAUACACGGACCCAAGUUUGUAGUUUACUGUCCGCUUGAAACAUUUGAACCCGACUUUGCGGAGCAGUCCGUUUAUGUUGGCCCUUAAAUAAGGAAUAAGAAAAUUAAAAUACAAGAACAAAUUAAUGUCAUUAAAAAUGUAAUUGCCUAUUUUUGUAAAAAUAAAACGUAGUAAAAUUUAUUAAGAUAAAGUCAAUAUUAAAAUAUGACUUAAUAAAUGUUAACUUUUACAUUCCUAGCUUACAAGUUACUUAAUUGGUUGUUAUUGUUUUCAGUGUGAUAUUGAUAUUAUUAUGUGUUUUUUUACAUUUAUAAAAUAAAUCUUAAUAUAUUUCAUGAAAGAAUAAACGUGAGUGCCUUUA